AUGUUCCCUACCGCCCCGAUCCGUACUGCACCGGAUACGACGAGCCUCAUGCAAGGCGGUGUCAGUACUAGCUUUGCGACUGUCACCAAGACCGAUACCAUCGUCAAGAUGCCGUAUAGAACUUCGACGGUCACCGUUUCUUCCACCGUCAAGUACACUACGACACACCUUCGCGCCAUCGUCCCACCAAGUUUGCUCAAGAACGUGACUGCCGCCUACAACAUUGUGGACAAGCAGAAUGCCGCCACCGAAACAUACGCAAUAAAAUGGGCAUUGGGGCUAGCCCUCACCACAGGAGCAGCUUUGGCUUGGCAUAUUAGAAAGACUCCCUCUCCACCAGCGCCACCUGGAGUCGAUCGAUUGAGGUGGGAAGCCAUAAAGUAUCACGUUCACAACUGGCUAUAUGAGAAGCUUAGGUCCAACGCCGGCCUACGCAAAGAGCUGGAAGAUGCGAAAAAGAAGCUGGAAGAUUACGAGACAUUGCAGGAAGCAAGGACUGACCAUUCGUGUCAGACGGAGAAGCUGUCAGAAGGAGCACGGUCAGUUCAAGAUGGCACAUUGCAGCAAACGAUAGACUUCAACAGGAUGCCAGGCGAAGCGACGUCUCUGUACGGAGAGCUCAAGGCAGAGAAAGAAAAAGCAACCGAGCUACAACAAGCACUCAAGGUGGAGAAGGAUAGUGCGAUGAAGUUGCAACAUCGACUCCAGAAGACGACAGAAGAAUUGGGACGUAGCAUCGUACGAGUACGAGAGGCUCGGAGGCAUACGGUCGAAUCUGGGGUCCACAGAAAAGAGUCGGAUGACACCGGAGCUACAGUAGCUUCGCUGCGGGAGCAAUUGGAUGCGGCGCUUCAAGAGGCGUUCAAAGCCAAGGCUAAAGCUGCCUCCAUGGAUCAGGAGCUACAAGUGGCACAAAAUGAGCAAAACCACGUGUCAGAUGAAUGA